AUGAUUGAAAUAGUGAUUGGAAUUAUAAGUGGAAUAACACAGUGGUUGUACGAUCAAUUCCGUGUUUUAUUGAUCGAGGGAAAUCUCGAGGAUUGGCUUCAACUCGCUAAGACAGCAAUAUAUAAAGACUCUAACGAUUACAUGCUCGGCUCAGCUCAACCCAAUAGCACAUAUAAAGCGAUUGAAAUUAAACGACGUGUUGCAAGAUUAUACGAUCAGUUCUGUAUAUGUGCUAUUGGGUUGAGCUGA